UCGGGAAUGUUCAGCUGACGCAUUUCUUUUUUUUAUUGCGUUAGUUAUUCGUUUAUCAACUUGAAUUAACUGAGCAACUUCUAAAACAGGACAAAGCACCUGCCUGUUGUUUUACUUGUGAAGCUAUUAUUCCAUGUGGAUUUAGUCACGACUUGCGGCAGCCUAUCGGAAUUUCGACUUCUGUUUUUAACUCUACGAAGGCAGCAUCAGUUACCGCUCUGUUGGCUGACAGAUUCGCCAUUCAUCAACCAGCCCUCCCAGCACCAUUGAGAGCGGCAUGGCAACGGCGCGGAGACGGGGGGAGAAGGUGUGGUGAGGGGGUGACAGUUUAACCGGACCAGAGAGGAGCAGCAGCAGCAGCUACAGCAGCAGUGUUCCCACUCCUCACUGACUGGAGAAACGCAGCACCUCGCUCAGUCCGCGCUCACACACACUAAUAAAACGAUGCACCACCGCCGCCUGUCUGCACACGCGCUGCCGCUGACCAGGUGUUGGAGCAAAGACCAGGGACGCCGUUAACGCCUCAGAACAUAAACUUGUAUGUAUGUGCUGUGUGCACCUCUCUGUGGUCCCGUUCGCAGACGAUCGAGAAGAUGCUGAGCCGACUAAUGAGCAGCAGCAUCAGGAGUCUGGACAGGGAAUGCAAUUGCACCGUGAGGCUGCUGGACGACUCGGAGUACACCUGCACGAUCCAGCGGGACGCCAAAGGACAGUACUUGUUUGACCUCAUCUGCCACCAUCUUAACCUGCUGGAGAAAGACUACUUUGGCAUUAGAUAUGUUGACCCAGACAAGCAGAGACACUGGUUGGAGUUUACAAAGUCAAUUGCCAAACAAAUGAAAUCCCAGCCUCCAUUCACCAUGUGUUUGCGUGUCAAGUUUUACCCACCUGACCCCGCUGCCCUGAAAGAGGAAAUCACCAGAUAUCUUGUCUUCCUGCAGGUUAAGAGGGAUCUCUACCACGGCCGCCUCCUGUGCAAGACAUCAGAUGCAGCUCUGCUGGCUGCCUAUAUAUUACAAGCUGAAAUUGGUGACUAUGACCCUGGGAAACAUCCAGAGGGCUACAGCUCCAAGUUUCAGUUCUUCCCGAAGCACUCAGAGAAGUUGGAGCGGCGGAUUGCUGAGAUCCACAAAACUGAGCUGAUAGGUCAGACUCCUGAAACAUCAGAGCUCAACUUUCUUCAGAAGGCUCAGAUGUUGGAGACAUAUGGGGUCGACCCACAUCCAUGCAAGGAUGUGUCUGGGAACCCGGCUUUUUUGGCUUUCACCCCUUUUGGAUUCACUGUGCUGCAAGGAAACAGGAGGGUUCACCUCCUCAAAUGGGAGGAGGUGACCAAACUUAAGUUUGAAGCAAAGACGUUCCAUAUAUAUGCAAAUCAGAAGGAGGAUAAGAAGAUCAUACUGACUUACUUUGCACCUACACCAGAGGCCUGCAAGCAUCUUUGGAAGUGUGGAGUGGAGAAUCAGGCCUUCUACAAGCUGGAGAAGUCAAGCCAAGUCCGCACUGUGUCCAGUAGUAACCUCUUCUUCAAGGGUAGUCGCUUUAGAUACAGCGGAAAGGUUGCAAAAGAAGUAAUGGAACAAAGUGCUAAAAUUAAGAGAGACCCCCCAGAGAUCCACAGGGCUGGUAUGGUGCCUAGUAGGAGCUGUCCAUCCAUCACUCAUGGCCCUCGUCUAACGAGUGUUCCAAGGACCCGACGAAGAGCUGUGCACAUUUCCAUUAUGGAAGGUUUGGAGUCCCUUCGAGACAGUGCUCACUCCACACCGGUACGCUCAGUUUCGCAUGGCGACUCCUUCAUGCCUUCAAGGAGCCAGACGGUGGAUGGCAGUGAGGCAAGCACGUCAGCAGUCAUCUCAGAUGAGAACUACAGCCCCUCUGACAGCGUGCUGCCUACACCCGUGGCGGAACAUGGAAUGGAGAUGCCUUUGGCUCGUCACCUCAAUGGUGCCCCCUGCAGCAUUGACGAGGAGGAGUCAGAGGCAGGGACAUCGAAAGAGGGGCAGGCCACAGAAUUUGGGCACAGCAGGAGAGAACAACGUAUGGUCAAGAGCAGGCCUGCAACAUCUAGCGAGGUAGAGGAGCUCAACAAGUUUAUCCUGAGCGUGUUGCGUCUCUUCCUGGUUACCAUUGGACUUCUGUUCGCCCUGCUGCUGCUUCUCAUCAUGCUGACAGAGUCGGACCUGGACAUUGCCUUCUUGAGAGACAUCCGCAAGACACCUGAAUUCCAGCAGUUCCACUUUGAAUACUUCUGCCCUCUGCGGCGCUGGUUCGCCUGUAAGUUACGAUGGAUGGGAGGUUUCCUUGUUAGUGAGGCAAAGUGAAAACAGACCAAAUGACUCAACGAAGGCCUCCGCUCAUUGAAAAUUGGAUACAGAUAACAGACAGGUCAGAAGAGAAGGCAAGAGGAGAGAAAUGGAUGGCUCUGUUCCUGAUUUCAACUAAGCUUCUCCCAGGAAUAAUCCUGUCACAAGCCACGUACUGUCCCCUGAAGAGCCUUGUUUAUUACGUUUGACCAUCACUAUGAGGAAAGGAAAUGUUACUUUAGAAAUUCAGGUCAUCAAGGUAUUUUAUUUUUUCACAAAAUCACAGGAGCUGGGUUUAAUUUGAACACUGUAUCAAGUAUGCCUGAGUUCACUUCUUCAACCACAGAUAAUAGUUGCCUUUAUUUUUUUAUUAAUUUAUAUGUUGUAUCAUCGCUGUAAUACAAAAUGAUCUGAGGUGUUGGGGUGCAACUGAGAGUUUGAGACAUUUGAGAGAUUUAAAAAUGGAGGGCAGACUAUAUCAUCAGUUUUUAUAUCAAAUCAACAAUAUUCAUGAUGAUUAAAUGUUAUUAUGGCUGCUGUUUUCAGAUGUUGGGCUUAAAGAAAGUGUGAAAUUGACGAAUAAGCAUUACUGAAUGUAGAUGAGUCCUGAGUCAAACGUGUUUGCAAAUAUUAUAGUUUUAUACGAUUCUUAGGCAGAUGCAAAUAGACAUUAAACAUUUCUCCAGAUGUACUUUACGAUCCCAGAUCUGGAACAUUCAAUUUCAAAUCACUGCUAAAUGACUAGUUGUAGUAGCUUUGUGACACGGGUGUGAGAUGGUGCUGCCCUGACAGAAGACUUUAUUAGUGGCCUAACAUCUGCUGACAGUUUUUGUCCAGACACUAGGGAACUGUUAGUUUCAUCAUCCAAUGACUAGAAAUUAAGCCUUUUUAAGGAUAAAAUAAGUAAUGGAGUUCAUAGGUUUACUGUUUAAUAAAUAGCAGCCAAAUAACACUAAUAACUACAAUGAACUUCUGUGCGUGAGGAACAGUUGUCACUUUGCUGUAGUUACUUUUACAGUAGUUAUAAGGGUGAUGGGACUAUGUGAGCUAGCGCUAUAAUGGUAGUCAAGUGUCUGGUCAGUUCUUUGACUACCGCAAUCUGUAGGAGUAGUUCAUCUUGAUGUGCAAUACUGUUAAUGUAAAAAAGCAGAUCCUUUCUAUCAAGGGAAAUUUGACUUUGUUUUACCUUUGUAAAGUGCAAAUAUUAGUGCAAUUUUCCAACAGUAAAUAGUUAAGAGUUUGUUUUUAGUUGAAGACCCAUGUUGAGUGACUGUCAUUCACCUUUGUUUAGCUCUGCUGUGUUAAAAAAAAAGUUAUGCAUUUAUGUGUAAUGGCUGAAUAUAUUUAAAUCAUUUUUGUACCAUCUUGUUAACGCACUGACAGUUCCUCACAGUGACUUUUAAUGUACUUGAAGCUGUUUUUCGUUUGUUUUUGUUACAGUGGAUCUAUGGUUUUCAGCCCUGCACUCACAAAUGAGCCUAAGAUAAGUCAUGUUUACGUCGUUCUGCAACCUUCAUCAACACCAACCAAAGAAACCUCUGUUGUCCCAUACUUCUGUCAGUUUGUGUCAACAGAUGGCAAAAUAGCCUGCUGUCCUUCUCCGGCCUUAUUUCUUGUAUUUCACAGGUUAGCCUACAGUGUGUCUUUACAGCCCAGAGCAACAGAAUCAAUUCAAACUAUGAGGUCAGUUUUCACUCUAAAAGUAUUUGUCCUCUCAACAAGCCUACAAAUGCUUAGGAUGCUGUGUGUAUACAAGGAGCAAUCAAAAGAUUUUGUGGCUCUGCCCAUAAAAAAGCAAAAAAUCAUACCUGAUAUUAGCUUGGCUUAGGUCACAUGUUGCACACAUCUGAACAUCUUUCAGUGCUGUUGACAUUUUUAAUUUAAUAAAAUAUCUCUGUGGAGCUGCAAAGCAUUCAGACCUUAAAAUGAACAUGACACAGCCUGUUAGCUACGGAUUAUCAACAUUAGUAACUGGUACAACGUGCAGUGGGGAUUUAUAUGAAUAUAAAUAUAUUAUAUGAAUAUAUGGAACCUUGCAUUUUUUAACAUUAUUACCAUGUUUUUACUGUAUUUAAAAAGUUUAGAAAUUUGGUAACAAGAAAUAAAAAAUAAAAAAAAAACUACUUCCAUAUAAAAAGCCUAGAGUCCUACCUCUGUUUGGGCAAAUUAUUCAAACUGAAAAAAGUCUAUUUUGAUAAUUGGCAAUGAGAGAAAACAAAUCCUAAAAGCAGCCAUUGCUCAUUUUCAUUUCAAACUAUUUUUUGUCACAGCCACAUGCAGCUCCGCAGCUGCAAGCUGGAGACGUAGAAGAUCAAACGCACAAUCACAAAUGUGCAAUUGAUAAAUUAAUGCUUUAAAGCAGGGAUGUCAAAUUUAUCUUACAUUGUGGGUCACAUUAAAGCCCAUGCUUAUUUUAAGCGGACCAGUGAAACUCCCCUUUCUGUCAGUGUAAAGAAGUUUACCUGAACCCUUAAUCCCUGAGUUAUCUCAAUGUCAGAAGAAAGUGAAAUUUCAAAAAUGUGUUUCAGUUUUUCUGCAUGAUAAAGAAAUGCUGCUGUAAGAAAUGAAAGAAAUCUGUUAAUGUGACUCUUUGGACUUAAAUUGUAAGAAAUAAAUGCAUGAAAUUACAUCUCUCAUCUGCCCAAACUUAAUGUAAUUAUCAAACGAAGUGACUUAAUUUCUAUCAGGUAUGGUUUAUACACUUUUUUUUUUGGCAGAGUUGCAGAAUUUUUGGAUCGCACCUGGUAUCGUACAACAUGCUGGACAGACAUAUGUCAUACCAAAAAAAAAGAAAGAAAAAAGCAUGAAUUAUGUAUGCAAAAAAAGAAGGCUAAUACAGGCAAAUGACUACUUAGAGGAUUUUAUGUUUUGCAGGUUCCUGUAGGUGAUUAAGAAAGUUGCUGUGUUCAAAUCUUAUUCAAAGUUAACACAAGAAUGAUUGCUUUGAGAGUUGCUGUAGUGUUCAACGUGGAGCUUUAAAUGCUGGUUUUAUUUUUGUACCCAGAGCGAAAGAAAAACAGAAGUAUUAGCACCAGUGUUUUCCCCUUUUAGUACAAAUUUCAGAGAACAUCAUAAGCAUCUAAUGAAAUAUUUAUAUUUUAAUUUAAAAAAACAACAAACAAAAAAACAAAAAUAGAUUUUGAGGUUGUUUUCAGACUUGAUGUAUUACUUACCUUAUUUCAUUUAAAUGGUGUUCUAUUGUUUUUGAUUGAUGCGAGGCAAUUGUGUAUUGAAAUAUACGGCCAGUAAAGGAGAAUAUUUAGCUUUUUACUCACCUUUAUUUCGAAAAAUCUACAACUCAAGCAAUCUGAGCAAUAAAUAUGUCAGAUGUAUUAACCGUAAACUACAAAAUGUUUGCCUCAGUCACACAAACUGUUUUAAAUCCCCACACAAGGUGAAACAGUCUGUAGAUGUAUGCGUGUACCAGCAGUGGUGGAGAACGCUCUGCGAUACAGACACUUCUCCAAAAUAUCCCAAAAAUCUUUUCAUGUCAAUCCUGUUUGGUUGUCUGAUAUUAACUAAUUUUUGACUGAGUUUAUAAAUGAAUCACAUACAGGUUUACUUGGCAGAAACAACUUAACACCUGACGGCACGGUCAAGAUUUCCGAUGGAAGAAAACAGCUUCAGGUGAUAAUGAUGCUGUCACUACUGGUGAGAUUCACAGCAUUCACACGUACAAUAUUUUGUAAUAAAAUGUCUAUUUAUUCUGUUAACUUUACAAAUGGGGGAGAAAAAAAA